GUUCACUGGUGCCAAAGCUUGAAUAACCCAAAAAUGCCAUCGGGUUUACCAAGAAAAAGAAAAUUAUAAAAAGACGAGCCAAUCGCCCAGUUGCAUAGUACCAAAGAUGACUUUCUACUUUCCACUCCUGAUCAUCGCGACAACACUGCGCAUGGCUUUCGCCUUUGACACGACUGACAGCCCUCUGCUCGCGGCCGAAAAGUGGGGUUCGCGUUCGCAGAUGGAGCACCCCGAAUGUCUGCAAUCGACGGGAGCGACGGCGGAAGAGGUCCACGAUUUCUUCGAGCUGGUUGGGAUGUCGACGCGUUACGAGUUUAAGUGCUACAUCGACUGCCUUUUCAAAUCCUUCGGUUUCAUAAACGAGGACGGGACCAUCGAGGGUAACGCGUUGGUACAACAGGUCGAAAUUUACACAGACGAAAUGGUAGAUUUUUGCCGAGAACCUUAUCUGGCCAUGGAGGACCAGUGCGAACGAGCGUACGAAUUGUCUCACUGUUUAACUCACUACAAACAUUCUUACUUUUAA